CAUUUAAAUCGAACACAAUUUGCAAUGUCGUAAGAUUUUAGAUUGUUGCAGGUGCCUUUCGUUUCUUCUACAAAAAUGAUUAGUUACUUUGGCCUGCAAGUGCUCUUUGGUCCGCUGCUCUAUAGCAUAAAGAUGACCUCCACUCUGUUGUCGUGCAUUGGAAACUUUCUGCAGUGCCUCUGGCUGCCACCUUUGAGGCAUGCUUAGUUCAUGGCUGUGCUGUGCAUGCCAGCUAAAUCUUCAAUCAAAUCAGGAGUAAACAUUUUUGGCAAAAUAAAUUUAAAAUUCACUUUGCAAAUUUUUACGGAUUUUAUUUUGCGGCGGCUGCCCGAAGAAACCUUACUAAGGAGAGGCCAAGUGCUGGUCAGGUUGCAGAUGAAGCCAGACCUGGCCAAAGGAAUGCGAAGCCAACAGACUGGAUGGACGGGACGGACGGCCGAAUGAAGAAGAUGUUAACCCACAGGCGGCGGAGCAGGACCCGGGACCAGUCGAUCAGUAGGAAGGGGCAGCCACAGGAGUGGGGGCCUGGGUCUGAGGCCCAGAAGAAGCGUAAAGAGCAACAACAGCAGCAUAAGCAAAACGACCAAACUAAGAGAUGAAGGAACGGAAGAGCACCAACGACAACGACCCUGGGAGCAAAUUCAAUGCAAUAAUACAAAAAAAAUAUUGCACAAAAGAUAACUUGGACGCGCCGAUUUUGAUAUACUCUUGCAACAAUAAAUAAAAGAAUGGUAAUUAUUCUGUAA